CCGCAAAUGCACUACGACUAUGCUAAUUCACUAAGUGCAUAAAAUAAGCACAUACUCACAGGCAUAUGUAUAUGUUGCUUGCAUUCAAGAACAUUGUAUUAAUAAAGGGCCAGUUGGGGGCAGUAUAUGGGCACAUUCUAGCUUGUGCAUCAUUUUGACAUGGAAGCUAAGGCACCAACAGGCACAAGAUGCAGUGAGGCCUAGUAGUUCGGCCAAUGUGGGCAUUAAGAAGAGGGCUGUGCCCUUUAUGCCAGUAUAAGAUGCAAAGCACUGGAUGAAAAAAUGCCACAGGUUCAAGUGCUUUGUGGAUUAGACCCAAAGAGCAUUUCUGCCUGAAAACAAUGCAUUUGGGCAAUUUAUUGUGGUGUUUCUUUUCAUGCUAAACGCAUUGUAAUCCGUGGGUGUUUUUUCCCAUGCAAAAUACAUUGACAUCAAUGAGUAUUUUAUUUGUGUGUGUUUUUCAUUUAAUUUGCUAUUAUGUACAAGCCAGGGCUGGGUUCAUAUAUGGCGCUACCCUGGUCACGUGGCCCCUUGCUUCCCAACCUCCUUCUCAACCAUAGUAGUAGUAAUGUACCUGUCUACAUGAAUUGGGAUGGGGGGAAAGUGUCUGAAGUGGCUCAAACCAGGUUGUAUAACUUGUAAGAUCCUCUGAGCCAACUUUCACGCCUUAAUUGCAUUAUGCAAAUACAUUUUUACUAUAUGCUGCAGACCAGUUCUUCCUUGUACUCCACCCAGCAAAUAAUUUGGGAUGAAAAUAACCAGCCAUGUAGCAUUGUUACAAUGUUAUAUUAUAAUUCAUAUUAUAAAUCAUAAUUAAUAUUCCACGUCACACCCACAACUUAUCGAAUAUAAAUGAUCCAUCCUUAGUCCAGCAACUGUUUUCUACACCUAACAGGUUGUUCCUUUCCUAAGCAUGUCUGACAAUCUUGUGAAAGGCAGAUGUAGUGGAGCGGAAAAUCUUCCCAAAAUAUUUGAUUUCCAGCCGAUUAGCUGUGAGAUGUGCAAAUUAACAGGCUGGCCUUGUAAAGAUUGUAAGGCUUUCAAUAAUGCUAUUGAUAAGCAUCUGUUAGCUGGGAUUGAUAGCAGCGCCGAAAGUGGAGUAGACAAUGGUCGUUUUGGCAGUGGCUUUGCUGCAGCUUGUCCAAUCCGCUGUGAGCUGUGUAAAUUAAUUAACUGGCCUUCUACAGGUUGUGAGUCCUACAAUAAUGCUAUUGAUAAUAAACUCUUAGCUAGGGUUUCUGGUUUUAGUGGUGUACUUAGGGCUAGCGUUGGUCAUGGUUUUCUUGGUGGAAAUUUGCAUGAAAUUAGCAGUGCAGGAGGACAAUAUGACCCCAGCUUCUCAGGGGUCAAGAAGGAAACCAUGCAGACUUAUAAUGAUCAUUUGGCCAACUACCUGAACAAAGUCAGUGCUCUGGAGGCUGUUGGUGCUGAUGGUUUUGGUGCAGGUGGUGGUUAUGGUGGUACCUUUGGUAAUGCCUGUAGUGGAGGUGGAAAUAUAGGGGUCUUGGUGGUUAAUGAGAAGCAAACCAUGCAAAAUCUUAAUGAUCGCUUGGCUGCGUACCUGGACAAAGUCCAUGAACUGGAGGUAGCAAAUGCUGAACUGGAACACAAGAUUAAAGAGUGGUAUGACAAACAACACACUACUAGUGAUGGAGGAAAGGACUACAGCACAUAUUUCUCAUUAAUCGAUGAACUAAAUAUGAAGAUCCUUAAUGCAACAAAAGACAAUACAGGAAUCACCCUAGAGGCUUACAAUUCUAGGCUGGCUGCGGAGGACUUCAAACUCAUGUAUGAGAAAGAGUGGGACCUUUCCCUGGCAGUGGAAACCAAUACCAGUGAUCUACGUAGAGUCAUGGAUGAUCUUACCCUUGUUAAGUUUGACCUGGAAUCCCAGCUUGAGAGCCUAAUUGAGGAAAAUGUUUUUAUCAAGAAGAAUCAUGAUGAUGAGAUGAAGGGUGCCACAAAGACUACAUUUGGCCAAGUUAAUGUGGAAAUGAAUGCCGAGCCUGGUAUGGACCUGACCAAGAUACUCAAUGACAUGAGAGAGCGGCAUGAAGCAUUGGCUGAGAAGAACCGCUGGGAAAUUGAGGAACGUUUUAACAAAAUGACUGCAGACCUGAGACAACAAAUAUCUGUAGGGGUGGGACAAGUACAGACUAGCAAAAGUGAAAUCUCAGAACAUAAAAGAACACUCCAAGCACUUGAAAUUGACUUCCAGUCCAAAAUCGCCAUGAAACAAUCGCUGGAGUUGACUUUGGCAGAAAUUGAGGGCAGUUACUGUAGGAAACUGUCAAGGCUACAGGUGACCAUUUCCAGUAUUGAAGAACAGCUGGCACAGAUCAUAGCAGACUCGGAAUGCCAGCGCUUACAGUACCAACUGCUCUUAGACAUGAAGUCAAGGCUGGAACAAGAGAUUGAAACAUAUCACAAACUCCUGGAAGGUGGAGGGAGCAAACAAAGCAGAGACUUGGGACAAGGAAGAGGCAGUGGCUCUGAAUCAAGCAGCAGCGUGGACCAAGGUGGUGGGGGUUCUGGCUCUUUUGAUGCUGGAGGAGUGAGAACCAUCAAAGUGAAAAAAAUUGUUGAAGACGCGGUGGAUGGAAAGGUUGUGUCAAUGGAGGAAGUGGUACAGAAGUUAUAAACCAAUAUAAUUACCAUUCCCUUUAAGGAAAGGACUUUAUACACUGCACCAUCAUCCAAUAAAAAAAUGUUUUGCCUGUAUUGUCUGUGCAUAUUGAAUG